CCGGUGCACGUCAAUACGUUGCUUGCCAACCGCCAUAAAAAAAAAAGAAGAAGAAGAAGAAGACUAGUUUCCAGUUUUUGUUACUGUUUGUUAUUUUCCUCUGAGCUUUGGUCGGUAAACGGAGCAUGGAGGGGUCUCGCGAAAGUGCAGGGAGGACUCCUCACAGCGGUGAUGUAAAGAGGAGGAGCAAAGGUCAGAGCUACCGGCGGUCAAUCCGCACCUGCUUCGGCGUCGCAUCAGGGCUUGGCCUGACGCCGGCGCUGACCGCACGAAGAAUGAACACCAGUAGGAAAGCUCCAAGGUCCCAAAACAUCACUGAAAAAGUGAAGCCAGAGCACCUGGAGUUGCUGGUGAAAACGGAGUGGCAGCUGUCGUACGUCACUCCUCUCUACCAGUUCAGACACACCCAGCUGAAGAGCUAUUCCCGGCAGCUCUCUGCGUUCAUUGCUGCAGAGAAGCAGCAGGGCCUGGCGGUGGAGGUGGGGGGGCUGCAGAACACCUUCAAAGUCUCCUUCUCCGUGCUGCAGGGGCUGGCAGAGACGAGCGAUGACCCUGAGACUGUCCUCAUCCAGGUACAGUCAAAGCCAAUGUUUGCAAGGCAGGAAGAUCCACCGAAGACGGUUUGGAGUGGGUGGUUGUCCUGCAUCAAUGGUAACCCUGAAUAUCUUCAGUCGCUUCCAAAGGAUUUUACCUGCCUACCUCUGUUUUGCAGCAAAGGGGCCGAGGACCUGUCUUCUUUGGUUAAGUCUUGGUUACAGAGGACCUUUGACUGCUGCUUUGGCCCUCUGGACAUCAACCAAACCACUCUGCAGUGGCUUGCUGCCUUAUGGACCAACUGCCACAUGGAAACCAACAUCCAGAACUUGAAAAUGAUUUGGACUCUCCCAGUCUUGCCACCGCUACAGGUGACUUACACGGUCGACUCUGACGACGUGCUGGACCUGUGGAGAAGCACGAGGGAGAGUUCAGCGGAGAAGAGCAGGGAGGCGGAGGAUGAAGUGUGUAUCGACUUCUCGGAGGUGACGAGGUUCAUGCAGGGACUCAUGAGCCACUUUUACAGACACUUCAGGGUGGACCUUUCAGCUGGGAAACUGAACCAAGUGUCCUCUGCACUGGGAUCAGCCAAAGUCAACGGCAAGAUAAAGAUUUCCAGUAGCAGAUACCUAAUCAGCAUCUUCAGCCUGCUCACCGAAUGUGCCCUCCUGAAAAUGCCCAUCUAGCUGUGACACUGAGCAGCCAUCAGAAAAAACAGACUAUAGGUUUGUUUUUUAGUUUCCGCUUUAAUACAAACGUAAGUGAAAC